AUGCAACAGGUGAAGAAUAUAUUUCUUUCCUCUGCCACAUCUCUCUCUCCCUUUCUCUCUCUUUCUCUCUACACACACACUCUCUCUCUAUCUCUUAAUACUUUUCAUUCUCUCUCUCUCUCGUCCCUCUCUCUCUCUCUCUCUCUCUCUCUCUCUCUUGGAUUGAUACCUAGAUGUUUUAUCAUUCUCUCCACUCUAUCUCUCUCAUUUCAUUCUCUUUUGGAUCUCAAUCGCAUCUAUCUAUCUAUCUAUCUAUCUACUGGAGUCAUAAAGAGUUUUUUUUCAUUCUCUCUUAUCUCUCUCUCUCUCUCUCUCUCUCUCUCUCUUGAAUUAAUAGAGAGAUAUCUUCACUCUCCCUCUAUCACUAUCUCAUCUCUCUCUCAUCUCUCCCAUUUUCUUGGAUUCAUACCGGCCGACUUUUUUUCACUUUCUCUCUCUCUCUCUCUCUCUCUUGGAUUAAUACUUAAAUGCUUUAUCACUUUCCCUAUUUCUCAUCUCUCUCUUUCUCUGUCUCUUCAAUUGAUACUGAGAUGUUUCUUCACUCUUUCCCAUCUCACACUAUCUAUCUAUCUAUCUAUCUAUCUUCCAUUCAUACCGAUUUGUUUUUUCACUUUCUCGCGUCUCUCUCUCUCUCUCUCUCUCUCUCUUUCUCUCUCUCUCCCCCUCUUGGAUUUAUACCUAGAUGUUCUUUCACUCUCUUCCAUCACUCUCAUCUUUCUCAUUCAAUCUUCGAUUCAUACCGAGAUAUUGUUCACUCUCCCCCUCUCUCUCUCAUCCAUCUCUCAACUCUCUCUCUCCCCCCUCUCUCUCUCUGUGAGUGACCAGCUAGCAAACUUCACUGACUCUCUCUCUCUUUUUCUCUCUCUCUUUUUCUCUCUCUCUCUUUCUCUCUCUCUCUCUCUCUUAGCGAAAUUCUUCCCACUAAUGUCUUCUACUUUUUUAUCUCUUUCUUUUUUCUUUUCGUCCUUUGGAACUGAUCUCUCUCUCUCUCUCUAUCUAUCUCUCUCUCUCUCUCUCUCCUUCGUCUCGGUGUGGCAGCAUUCUCCUUUGAGAUCUUUGCUUCCUUUCUUUCCUUUUACCGUAAGCAUCUCUUUUUGA